UUUCGGCGCAGGUGGUCGCUGGUGAACGCUGCUGUCACGAUAUGUCGAGCAGUGGUGGUGGUGGCUGUGGACCCGAGUUGGAUGAGCGCUCGCUCAUCCUCACGGGGUUCAUGGAACCCCAGCCGCGCCUCUCCACCAUCAAUGCCACGCUGAAGAACGCUGGCGUCAAGGGGGCGCGCAUCUUUGUGGUGUGGCGUGGGCGGUCCUUUCGCUUCUACGCCAACAAAGGGUUGUGCUUGCUUCAGUUCAGCUCCCGCGAGGCCGCUGAACAGGCUGCAUCCUCUAGCUUUGCGCACGACGGCGCUGCCUUGCGCGUCCUAACUCAUCGACAGGUGGUGGAGGAGGCGUCCAUCUACGUUGGGCUUCGCCGUGAAGAACAGGAGCAGCGUGCGUGGCAGAAGUGCGAGGUGGAUAUGGGCACCAUCAAGGACGCGCCGUGCACAUAUGCAAACAACUGGGGCGAGUCGACGGCAACGGCGCGUUCCACGCCGUCAACAUCUGCGUCAUCAGCAGAGACGGUGCGAGCAAGCGAAGAUGGCCGGCCCGCCACCAAGCGCUCGCGAGUGGUGUAUCCCGUGCACCUGGCAUGGACGGACGCACGGGCAGGCACGGGUAGCAGCGGCGCGGUAACGACCACCAAAGCAGCUGCCACCGCACCCGCGAACAGUGCAGCGUCGGCAGCGAAACCAGCCUCGACAGGCAGCGCCACGGCCGCGUGGGGUGUACAUGCACCAGCGCCAGACGUGUCGCACGUGGCAGCUGUUGGAACCAGUAGUGGAUGGGGUAAGUGGGGCGCUGCAGUCGACACACACCAGCAACAGCACAGGCAACAGCAACAACAACGGAAGCAACAGGGUGAAGACCCCAAGCAAGACCAGCACGACAAGCAAGACAAGCAAGACAAGCAAGACACAGAAGACAAGCAAGACAAAGAAGACGUCCAGUCACUCGAGCACAGCACCAACACAGCUCACCGGGAGCGCGUGCAUACCCCACCGGAAGUGAGCACGGAAGCCCCUCUUGACGGACCUCCCACAGCCACCACUGCCACCACUGCGGCCGACAGCACUGCAAAGGCAGGGAACAGCGACGUGGCGGCUGAUGUGUGCAAGACGGUGGCGACCCUGCUGCAUCGGCACGAGGUGCUGUACACGUAUUUGCGCGGCAAGACGUGGGACCUGCAGCCACACGACUGGCUCGUGCGCAAGGUUGUGACGCACUUUGUCACGUGUGGGUGGAGGAUGUGGACACGCGACUACGUGGGCGUGCAGCAGCUGCGCGGGUACGGCAAGGGCGACGUGGUGCUGAUUCGCCCCGUCUGCAGGGCCGGCAUCAACAGCACACCAGCGGACAAGACGGAGGCAACCGGAACCAGGGAGUCAGUGGCCUGCAUGGAGGAACACGGUGGCGCUGGUGAUGGCAGAGACAUUGAUGCUGGUGACAGAGGAGCAGGAGUCGUUGACGACAGACACAUUGAUGCUGGUGAUGCUGGUGGAGUAAGCGGUACUAGUUCAGGCCAUAUGGCAAGCGAGAACACGAGCAGGAACGGUAGCAGCAGCAACGACGGCGGUCGCGAUCACAACUGCACUGACAGUUCACUUCAGCAACAGCAACAGCAACAGCAACAGCAACAGCAACAGCAACAGCAACAGCAACAGCACAACACACCGAAGAAGAAGCAACAGAAGAACAACGCAUCUCCUCGCCAACAAAGCUGCAAGCGGCAACACGAAAACGCUUCGUAUGCGGCGUUUGACGUGCUUGUUGUGCAGGUGAAGCGCGUACAUGGGAGCCCCAAGCAGUACCAGAAACUGCGCACGCUGCGGUCACAGCUUGCGUACUUUCUUCGCGACGCUCGCAUUGCGUUCCCCCGCGCCCGUCGCGUGUAUGCGCGCGCGUACUGCGACCCGCACGGCGACCUCGAGCUGUACGACGCGCUCGGGUGUGCGCGCGACCCGAGCGACCCACAGCCGCUACUGACUGCCGCUGCAAAUGGUGAGGGUGCAAACGGUGAUGGUGAGGGUGGGGGCGAGGGUGAGGGUGAUCAGGGUGUGCACACGAGGCAGCACGCGGCGGCGCGGAUUGGGGUUGCGUCGGGGGCGGAGUGGGCGUUUCCGCGCAACACGCGCUCGCGAGGGUUUGUGUUUGGCGGCCUGACAACGGCCGGGGCUGGCGGGUGGCACCAGGGUGGGCAUGACGAGAGCGAGCAGCAGGCUGGUGGUGAUGGUGGUGAUGAUGAUGGUGGUGGUGAUGUGAACGAAGAGCAGAAUGAGGAAGAGUAUUAUGAAGAAGGGCAGUACGAAGGAGGGCAGUACGACGAUGAACAUGGUGAAGAAGAGUAUGGUGACCACUAUGGCCACGGCUAUGAUGGCGAUGGCUACGAUGGUUAUGGCGGCGGGGGCGAGAACGACGACGAGAGCGGCGAGUACUAUGAUGACGACGGUGAUUACGGCUACGGUGACGACUAUGAUGCAAACGCAGGCGAUGGCGGUGACGAUGAUGGCCAGUGCAACGGCCACGAUGAAGGUGAUGGGCAGUUGGAGCAGCAGCACGACUCAUCUGGAUAUCAUCUCGACUACAGCGCGUACGACAGCGAGUACUUUGAGGGCGACGUGGUUGCGCAGUCUGCCGAGCCCAUCGACGACACCAACAUCGGCUACCAACUGCUUCGCAAGCUCGGGUGGCGGGAGGGGCGCGGUGUUGGGCACCGCAACGGCAUCACAGAGCCCAUUGCAGCGCGCAUUCCCAUCGGCCGCGGCGGUGUUGGUAUGCGACUCGGGCAAGCCAUGGACGAAGGAAUUGACGGGCUGACGUGCAACCGCAACCGCAACACCCACACACACACAAUCACAUCAUGCAUCCCAAAGCCUACAUGCGAUCAAUGA